AUGAGGUCUAGUCACAAUCCUCUCUUCGCUGCUGUGAGUGAGCCCGCACGCGGAUGGAAGGUAUGGGGCGAAGAACAGAACGCGUAUCUCUCGCUCUUUCCACUUUCCGAGACCUGCAAGCGACUGCGCGAAUUCCUCAAGCCGCUCCUGUUCAGAACAAUCCACAACUGGAAUGUAGAUGGGAAGAGGGUGUGGCCGAGAGCUAUCUGGCCGCAUGCGGUAGAGGUGAACCUCCGAGACCAUGCUGCGCGGGACCUCAGAUUUCUACAACUCACUGACGACGUCUACGCCCCGCUCUCCCACAUGCCUCUGUUGACGACAGUGAUUCUACGGUACAAUGCGUCAGUGCCCUCGGACGCGCUGCGAUGCGUCGGUGCUCUCUCAUGUCUGACCUCCCUUGAGAUUCACCAAGCACGUCUCGACGGACCUGUCCCCUCGUCUCUCGACUUCCCGUCGCUGCAGAGGCUGCUCGUGUCCGUAUCCGGGUUCCGAGGGAUCGUGCGAGCAAGCGACAUCGACCGCGUAGCUGAGCGAGCGCACGUUGGGAGCUUGCUGCGCUGUGUUUCAGCCAGAUUGUGUUUCCUCCACGUCUCGGGCGACCUGCUGCCCGACGACUUUGACGACAUUCGAUGGCCACGUCUGCGGACCCUGAUCAUUUCUGAGCACACCCCCGCCACGUACUUGCCGGUGCCGGCGUUGAUAGCCCAGAUGCCGCAGCUUCAGAAGCUGGAGCUUCUGUAUGCCGCGGACAUGGCCCGCACCUCGGACGAGCUCCACCCGCCGUUCAUAUACGGUGAUCCUGUCGACAAGACGUUGACUUCCGCCUUGCCUUUCCUGACCUCCCUUUCCUUGUCGAAUCUCGCCGCGGACGACCCCAUCUUCUCCCAGCUUCCCUUGUCACUUACUGGUCUUCAUGUCCACGCGCGGAGAGAUCCAUACUACGGCGAACCGCGCGACUUUUGGGAUCGAGGCGAGACUGCACUCUCUAAUGCUGAGGCCAUGGCGAUUAUCGAUCGAGUGUUACACCUUUCAGAUCUUGAGGAGCUCACCAUUGUGUUGCGCGAGUACCCGACAGCUGAACUUCUUGAAGUGAGUGUUUUUCGUUUUCCGCGAUUGACCUUCCUCGAGGCUUCUCAUACGACGUAUCGGCUCGCACGUGAAUGGCAAUACGAUGAGCUGUGGGAUGCAAGAGAUCCUACUAAGCUUGCGUGGUUGGCACGUCUGAAGCAACUUCAGACUCUCAGAAUAUUACUUGAUCUCCUUCGGAAUCCGGCCGAGACUGAAGUGUAUGAUCGCCCAAUUGUGGAAUAGAUCUUUCCUGGGAUUCCGUCGCUGAGAGAGCUUCAGCUUUCGCACUUCUACCAUGGUGCUCGGCCGCUGUGGCGCAAGCCAGACGCCAUGUGCUGCAUCAUAUAUGACCUAGACGUGGUGGCGCACCAACUCUUCCGUCUCCUUCCAUCGCAUAUCGUAUACCAGUCGUUCACCCGGACGUUGACCCUUAUUAUCACUGAUGUGCUUGCACAACCGGAUCUUCUGACUUCCGUCCGCCCUGUCCUCGAUGUCGUCGGUUUUUAGCAAUGCUUGCGUGCUUUGGUCUAUCGCGAGAGUAGCUAGACAGCCCAUUAUAAGAGUUCUUCGAACCAAGCGGUCAAGGAAGUAGACUGGGACCGACAACGUGCAAACUAUGGAAAUGCUAGUCAGACCGAAUCGAGGGCUUGUUGAAUCCAAAAACAAUCUAGUCAGCAGAAAUUUUGUCUCUUUCUGUGAUUGGUGGGCACCAGGUCGAGUGAGUAUAUCAGAAUCUGAGUGUGCCAACAUGUAAUAUCACUGCGGAGUCACGUACUCGAGUAUACUCUCAGCAUCAACUUCUCGGUUCAUCCCCGAUGGUGUACAUUCUUUGGGAGUGAAUGGAUCGAAGACGAUAAGGGUGUAUCGCACAUGUGGACUCACUCUUUCCUUCACUUGUACAGCAGCAACUGUAGUACAACACAACACACAGCUCCUUCACAGAGGGUCCAAUCUGCGUGGCUUCUCCGAAGCUUAAGCUUCUGCGCAGCUUUGGUUGCUCUCUUGCCGUGCGUUCAACGUGGUUGUGGCAUGCCCCCGAUACGUUUAGUCAGUGCCAUGAUAACACAUUUUUGAAAAAUCCAAACCCCUCAUACAGUGCAGGGCGCUUGAUGAUUCCAUCUCAUCCCGGACAUCUGUUUUCUGUCGAGUUCCCAUUCAAGUAUGACCCAGAUCUGUCGUUGUAGUAUUUAAUGGCAUGGUACUUACAUAUUCC